AAAAGCUACGAAAGUAAAACAACAUUUAUGGCGACACCAAAUGGGGACAGGUUGAAGAGGUUCCUUUUGCUCUGUUGCCUCUUGUUGGUGGCAUCCCACGUCGACAACACUGCCUUUGUUUUUCCUUUCAUUUCACUUUCUUCUGUUUAAAUGUUUGCUCCAACUUUCAAGCCACUUUCUUUACUUCCCCAUACCACUAUCACCAUCAUGUGUGGUGUCAAGUGUGAACACAUACACCAGCAUUGUUGAAACUUGAAACCAACUCAAACAAUCUACCAACAACAUCUCCUCUGCACCACAUUUGAAGAGUGAGAGAUUAUUAAAAACUAUAGAUAUACUAUAUAAAGUCUGAUAGAUCUGUGAUUCUAGUUUAUAAUUAGUUCUGUACAUUUCUAUAAGCUUUGGAUUGGUUAUUUGGUUCUUGGUUGGGUUGUUCUUUAUUUAGGCUUAAAAAGUUUUGAAUUUUUUAAGGGGGUGUGUCCUUUUAACCAAUGAGGACCAAUUUCAAGUAAUCCAAACAUAGAAACAGAAAGUUCAACAGAAGGGUAGCUUUCAUGGCGUCAAACACUGAUAAGGUUCAGGUCUUUGGAAUCUGAGCUAUGGUAAGUCCAAGGCACUGUAGUGUUCUUAUUAUUGUUUGUUUGUUCUCUCUCCUUUCUCAGCUUUCACAUGUCCACCCGUGUUUAUCUAGAAAACCUUUCUUCCUUUCCUCUCUUUCUUAUGACAUCCAUCAUUACCUUUGAAAAAUCUGUCAUAUCUGUGUCUCUUUUCUCCCUUUCCCUUUUUCUGUGUUCCCAUAAGUUAUGUGGUUACUGGUUUGGUUUUCCGUUACAUGAACGUGUUAUUCUUAGCACUAUUAUGUUCUGUCAAUCGUUUCAUGACACGCGUUGUGAAAUUUCAAAUUUAAGAAGAACCGUGUUUGUUGAAGGUGUUGAGCUGAGCCCCUUGUGAAAGGGUGCACUGAGAAGCGAGAAGUCAUUUGUGUUGGGUUCACUUUGAAAUCCACACUUUUUGGAAGAUGUUGUGUGCUUGUUCCGGGGAGCAAUUCAAAUUUGAAGAGGCGCCACCACGGUCACCAGACUCCUUGGCAACAAGGGAUUUCUCUGCAAGUGGCCUUUCUUCAAGGACUGGGGAUUGGGAAUCCAAAUUUGAUGAAACACAAGUAGAAGAUGUUGAAUCUACUUUAAAAGAAGCUCUCUCAUUAAACUAUGAGGAAGCUCGGGCUUUGUUGGGGAGGCUUGAAUAUCAAAGAGGGAACUUUGAUGCCGCCCUUCAAGUUUUUGAGGGUAUAGACAUAAGGGCUUUGGCCCCAAGGAUGAUAAGGGCUAUAGCUGAAAGAAUCAAACAAAGAAAGCCACGUUCCAAGGUGGAUAAUGGGCUUCCUAAUGUGAUGUCAAUGCAUUCAGUAAGCCUGCUUCUUGAGGCGAUUUUGCUUAAAUCCAAAUCCUUAGAAGAACUUGGGCGAUACACUGAGGCUGCAAAGGAGUGCAGAAUUGCUGUGGAUACAGUUGAAUCUGCUCUUCCUAAUGGAAUGCCUGAGGGUAUUGGUGAAGCUUGUAAGUUGCAAGAAAUGUUCCACAGAGCAUUGGAGUUGCUUCCAAAUCUAUGGAUCAAGGCAGGUUUGCCAGAUGAAGCUGUCACUGCUUAUCGGCGGGCUCUAGUCAAGCCCUGGAAUUUGGAGCCGCGGAGGUUGGCCUGUGUGCAAAAAGAUUUAGCUACCACACUACUCUAUGGAGGUGUUGAAGUAAACCUGCCCCCUCAGUUGCAAGUGAAUGGUCUAACAACACCUAUGAGUGGCACUGAAGAGGCUAUACUUUUGCUAUUAAUACUUUCAGGAAAGAUGGCACUUCAGGAAAUAGAUUGGGACCCUGAAAUAAUGGAUAAUCUUACAUUUUCACUUUCAAUUACUGGGAUGUUUGAAUCAUUAGCGGAUCAUGUAGAGAAGAUCCUUCCAGGUGUUUAUGAUCGAGCCGAGAGGUGGUACUUUCUUGCUCUUUGUUACAGUGCAGCAGGACAGAAUGAUAUAGCCUUGAACCUUUUGAGGAAGGCUUGUGGUAGUUCUGAAGCAAAGCAUAGACCCCAUUUUCCUUCAUUUUUGUUUGGUGCAAAGCUGUAUUCUCUAAAUCCAAACCAUGCUCGUGAAGGAAUUAAAUUAUCACAGGAAGUUAUUGAUCUAGCCAAACAUCAAAAUAAGCAUUUUUUGGGUCAGGGCCAAAAAUUUCUUGGCAUUUGCCAUGGAGCUGCUGCUAGAACAUCUGUACUGGAUUCUGAAAGAAUUAUAUUUCAAAGAGAGUCUUUGAAGUUUCUAAGUGAUGCUGCCCUAAAUGGAAAUAAUGACCCAGAAGUGAUGUUCAGCCUUGGACUGGAAAACGCAAUUCAAAGAAAUCUAAAUGCAGCUUAUGACAAUAUAAUGAUUUACUCAGACAUGAUGGCUGGCAGCUCAAGAAGAGGUUGGCAGCUGUUAGCACUCAUAGUAUCAGCACAGCAGCGGUUUCAGGACGCCAAAACUAUAGUUGAUUUUGCUUUAGAUGAGGCUGGCAGUAUAGAUCAGUUAGAACUACUGAGACUGAAAGCUGUACUUCAAAUUACUCAGCAGCAACCCAAGCAAGCAAUUGAGACCUACAGAAUCUUGCUAGCUGUAAUUGAAGCAAGAAAAGAGCAUUGGCUACAAGCUAAGACAUUCAGGCAUGAGGCAUUAACAGAACAGAAGUUGGAAAUGGAAGCUUGGCAGGAUUUGGCUACCAUUUAUGCAGAUAUUAGUUCCUUUCUUGAUGCAAAAGCUUGUGUUGACAAGGCCCAGUUGAUAGAAUUUUUUUCUCCCAGAAGUUGGCAUAUUACUGGGUUGUUGUUUGAAGCUCAAUCUUUGCAUAAGGAGGCCUUUGUUUCCUUCUCAGUCUCGUUGUCAAUAGAACCGGAUUACAUUCCCAGUAUUAUUUCAACAGCAAAAUUGUUACUUAAACUUGGAAUGCAAUCACUUCCAAUAGCAAGAAGCUUUUUAAUGAAUGCUUUGAGAUUAGACCCCACAAACCAUGAUGCAUGGUUUAACCUUGGAUUGGUUUCAAAAAUGGAAGGCUCGUUACAACAAGCGGCAGAUUGCUUUCAAGCUGCAUAUGAGCUGAAGCUUUCAGCUCCAGUGCAAAAAUUUGAGUGACCGAGACCUUGGGAGUACUGUUAAGUUUUUGUGGUUGAGUUCAACCAAGAGCAUUAUACAAAAAACCAUGAGCAGCAACUGAUGGAAAAGAAAACGUACCCAUGGUUAAUAUUUGUUGAGAAACCUAUAUAGUAGUUAUAUCUAGCUACUUAUUUAUAGAUUUACUUCAUUAUGUUCCAAUGGAAUGUCCUUCACAUUUGACACGGAAGGACAGAAGUUUGGCUUCCCAAGUGGUAUAGAAUUCUUUAUAACAUAAUGUCAAGCAGAAUGUACUAUAGUUUUUUGGGUCUCCUUUGAGGUGUCAGGUGAGGUUAAUCCCUGUACGUAAAGUUCACACACAAAUAUAGCUUGUGUUGCUAAUUGACUACUUUAAGUCUCA